AUGAGAAGAGGAUUGAUUCAGGCCUCCAGGAGCGCGGUGCCCACAUCCGCCAGCGGUGUCUUUGCCUCCCGGGCAUUCCCGAGGACCUUCAUCGCUUCGCGUGGUUUCGCCACUGCUGCCGAGCAGGAUGAUGUGAUUGUCAUCGGAGGUGGUCCCGGCGGUUACGUCGCUGCCAUCAAGGCUGGGCAGCUCGGCCUCAAGGUCACAUGCGUUGAGAAGCGCGGCAAGCUCGGCGGUACCUGCCUCAACGUUGGUUGCAUCCCCUCCAAGGCCCUGCUUCAUGCUUCGCACAUCUACGAAGAUACCAAGAAGUACUUUCCCGACCACGGCAUCGUUUUCGACAAUGUCAAGCUCGACCUCGGCGCCAUGAUGAAGUCCAAGGAGAAGGCUGUCAACGGCCUCACCUCCGGCAUUGAGUUCCUCUUCAAGAAGAACAACGUCAAGUACGUCAAGGGUUUCGGUAAGGUCUCCGGCGCCAACGAAGUGACCGUUGAUCUUGCCGAGGGCGGUGAGAAGAAGCUCAGCGCCAAGAACAUCAUCGUCGCCACCGGCUCGGAUGUCAUCGGCCUUCCGUUCCUUCCCAUUGACGAGCAGCGCGUGGUCUCGUCCACCGGUGCUCUUGCGCUGAAGGAGGUCCCCAAGAAGAUGGUUGUCAUCGGUGGUGGCAUCAUCGGUCUUGAGAUGGGUUCGGUCUGGCGCCGUCUCGGUACUGAGGUCACCGUGGUCGAGUUCACCGACAACCUCUGCGGCGGCGCCGCCGACGGCGAAGUCGCUAAGGAGUUCAAGAGGAUCCUGGCCAAGCAGGGCAUGAAGUUCAAGAUGGGCACCAAGGUCACCGGCGCCAAGGUCGAGCCUAGCUCGAUCACCCUCAUCACCGAGCCCCGCGAUGGCGGCAAGACCGAGGAGGUGGCCUGCGACGUCGUGCUCUGCUCCGUCGGCCGUCGUCCCUACCUCGACGGCCUCGGCCUCGAGAAUGUCGGCGUGAAGCUCGACAACCGCGGCCGCGUCGCGGUCGACGACCACUUCCGCUCGAAUGUGCCCAGCAUCUACGCCAUCGGCGAUUGCAUUCCCGGCCCCAUGCUUGCGCACAAGGCCGAGGAGGACGGUAUCGCCGCCGUCGAGAUCAUCGCUGGCGGCCAUGGCCACGUUGACUACAACGUCGUUCCGUCGGUGGUCUACACUCACCCUGAGGUGGCGUGGGUCGGUCAGACCGAGGAGCAGCUCAAGGCUCAGGGCAUCCAGUACAAGGUCGGCAAGUUCCCCUUCAAGGCCAACUCCCGCGCCCGCACCAACGACGAUGAUGAGGGCUUCGUGAAGUACCUCGCCGACGCCAAGACCGACAAGGUCCUCGGCGUGCACAUGAUCGGCGCGAUGGUGGGUGAGAUGAUUGCCGAGCCCACGCUUCUCAUGGCCUACGGCGGUUCUUCUGAGGACGUUGCCCGUACCUGCCACGCUCACCCCACGCUGAGCGAGGCUGUCAAGGAGGCUGCCAUGGCCACCUACGACAAGGCCAUCCACUUCUAG